AUGACCACAAAUCUUCUCACUCGGUUGCGAUCUCGCGGAGUGAAAAACGUACUUUUACGCAAUUUGGUCGCAGAAUUUGUUGGAACCUUCUUGCUUGUGUUUAUCGGCACAUGCAAUGUCGCGCAAUUUCACCUUGGACGAGGAAAAACGACGACCUGGAUAGGAGUUAAUAUUGGAUGGGGUUUCGCGCUGAUGUUUAGCGUGAUGGCUACAGCAAACACCUCAGGUGGUCAUCUCAAUCCUGCCGUCUCCCUUUUAAUGUGGUCAUUUGGUCAUUUGCCAUUUUUAUGGGUACUUCUUUACUCUGUUGCUCAAACUGCUGGAGCGUUUCUAGCUGCAGCUUGCACGUAUUACUUUUAUUAUGAAACAUUCAAUCACUACGAUAGAGGUGUACGCACUGUGCUUGGACCUAUGGGUACCGGACUUGUUUUCUGUAGUUAUCCUGCACCCUAUAUUGGCCAUUUUACUCCCUACCUUGAUCAGAUAGUCGGCACUGCGAUUCUCUGCUAUUUUGUAUGCAUGACGAUUGAUGAGAGGAAUAGAAUUCCAAAAGUUUGGCACCCGUUGAUCUUUGGUCUGCUACUUAUUAUGAUUGGCACAGCUUAUGGUGUGCAUCUUGGUUAUCCUAUCAAUCCUGCUCGUGAUCUCGGACCUCGUCUGUUUUCUUUUUUGACACAUGGAUCAGGAGUGUUUAGCAAACCCUACCCGACAUAUUUCCUUGCUCCCAUCAUUGGACCACUAAUAGGUGCACUAUUGGGUGGAUGGCUCUAUCAUGUAUCAGUUGGAAUGCACCUCCCUGCUGUGGAAACAGAAAAACUUCUAGUCGGAGAACAGGAGCAGAGUCUACUUCGAAAAAUUUAG